UCCCAGAGAAAGACCAGUAGCCAGUGGAGGAGGAUGUCCCGCUUGGAAGGCACACCUCGUUGGCAGGAGGCCGGCGGUUGGAGCCCUCUAACUAUUGAGAUGACGAAGACCAACUCCCAACUUCUCACUGCAGAAUGCAGGCAACUAAUGUUGGAAAGUGAUAAGGCAUCCAAAAAAAUGCAGAAAGACACCAGCAAGAGACUGGAACAAAGGAUCCAAGAUAUCCAGUUCAUGAGGGGAGAGCUGGAACGGAAGCUGGAAGAGAUCAUUGUGGAGACUGAUGCCCUCGUCGUAUUUAAAACCCGUGUGGAGAGGGCCCUAGACGCCUGCACAGAACCUCUGCGGGUUACCAUACUCUGCCAAGAGGAGAGAAUGAAGCAAGCACCCAUUGAGUGUGUGCAUGAUGAGGUUGAGAAAGAGCUCCUAAAGGAAAAGGAGGUAAUUGAGGGAGUGGUUUCCCUACUGCAGCGUGUCCUAGAGCAAAUCAUUGAACAGAUACGUCUGAACCGUUCAGCCAAGUACCAUCUUGAGAAGGAUCUGAAGGACAAGUUUCAAGCCCAGUGUAUUGAUGAUUCCUGUACCUUGAUGGCCAACCAUUCCUUGAACCAUGACCAAAUGCCUGAAGAAAUUAAGAUCCUUCUACCAAGCGUGGAAAUAGGCCCAGAUGAAUGGGAGACCUUCUCAGAUGUUAACAUGGCCAAGGCAGAACGGGAGAGGACCAACUCUCUGUCCCUACGAGCCCUGGUGGAUUCACUCCUGGAGCAGACAGCUGAAGACAUGCAGAUGCAGCUCCAGUCCACUGCUUCAGCCAUCCAAUUUAAGAUCCAUGAGACCAGGGCUGCCAAGGGACAGAUGGAGGAUCAGCUAGCUAAGAUUUUGUCUGAGCUUGCCAGCCAGCAGAUAAAUAUGGAGGCCCUUAACAUGACCAUUGCUGAGAUGGAGAAUCCCCUGAAAGUGGCUCAGGCCCGUCUGUCUGCCAGAGGACAGAGGCCCGCCGCAGAGCAGUGUCACGACCCAGUACAGACCCACCUGCUCUUUGAGGUCCAGGAACUCACAGCUCACAUCAACAAAAUGCGUGAGGCUGUGUCUCGGUCAGAGAUGGAGCAAAGGAGUCUGACCCGCUGUCAGCUAGACCUGCAGGAGAGCAUUGAGAUCAAGGCCAGGGCUCUCUACAUCGACGAGGUCCUUUGCACCCAGCUCAGAGAACCCAUCAUCAUACAUAAAUUCUGA